GGAGCAGUCACUUGAAGCAGCGCCUCACACAUUAGACCAUUGCUUGGGGUUCAGGAACCAGCCAUAAUGGGCCACAAACAAAUCUUUAAAGUUUUAUUGACAUUUAUAGUGGUAAUAAAGCUUUUGAGUACACCAGUUACUGCCACAACAACUGGAGUUUCAACAACAUUUGGAAGUUCGACUACUAUUGGUGUGUCAACCACGACUGGAGGUUCAACCAUAACUGGGGAAACUACAAUUGAAGGAUCAGCGAUGACUGAGGCAUCAACAACAACUGGAGUUUCAACAACAACUGUUGGUUCAACAACUGUGAGCACUACAACAUCGAUGAUGACUGCACUUACAAAUAUAACUUCAGUGACUCCUACAACCACCACACCUGUAAUCAUGGCUUCAAACACAACUGUGAGCACUACAACACCAAUGAUGACUACAGUUACAAAUGCAAUCACAGCAAAUGUUACAAACACCACACCUGUAACAAAUACAUCUACGGUGCCUACAACAGCUUCAACUACACCUGUAAACACUACAACAGCAAUGAUGACUGCAAAUACAAACACAACCACAACGACUCCUACAACCAGCACACCUGUAACAACUACAACAGCUGAGCCAGUAACACGAGUAUUACUGACAUUCACCUCAAAUGAAACAUUCACACAAGACUUGGCUAAUUCUACAUCUACAGCAUUUAUAAAUCGAAGCAGGCUCAUAGAGACAACACUUACACCUUUUUACAAUGCAACAUUUGAUUCAUUCCAGUCAUUGAGAGUGGUUGCAUUCAGAAAUGGAUCCAUUAUCAGUGACAUUGAAAUACGGUUUGCAUCUACAUCAGUGCCUAAUGUAACUGAGAUUGCAAAUGUUUUGAUCAAUGCAGCCUCAAACAUAACAGCCUUCAACAUUACCACAACCUCUGUUGUUGUCCGUGAAAUAGUAGCUUCAACUACAACUGUGAGCACUACAACACCAAUGAUGACUACAGUUACAAACACAACCACAGCAAAUGUUACAAACACCACCACACCUAUAGCAAAUACAUCUAUGGUGCCUACAACAGCUUCAACUACACCUGUAAACACUACAACACCAAUGAUAACUACCCCUACAAACACAACCACAAUGACUCCUAUAACCAGCACACCUGUAACAACUACAACAGCUGAGCCAAUAACAGGACUAUUGCUGACAUUCACCUCAAAUGAAACAUUCACACAAGACUUGGAGAAUUCUACAUCUACAGCAUUUAUAAAUCGAAGCAGGCUCAUAGAGACAACACUUACACAUUUUUACAACGCAGCAUUUAAAACGUUCCGGUCACUGAGAGUGAUUUCAUUCAGACGUGGAUCAAUUAUCAAUGACAUGAGUAUUGGGUUUGCAUCUUCAGCUGUGCCUAAUUUAACUGAGAUUGCAAAUGUUUUGAUCAAUGCAGCCUCAAAUAUAACAGCCUUCAAUGUUACCACAGACUCUGUUGUUGUCCGUGAAAUAGUAGCUUCAACUACAACUGUGAGCACUACAACACCAAUGAUGACUACAGUUACAAACGCAACCACAGCAAAUGUUACAAACACCACACCUAUAGCAAAUACAUCUAUGGUGCCUACAACAGCUUCAACUACACCUGUAAACACUACAACACCAAUGAUAACUACCCCUACAAACACAACCACAAUGACUCCUACAACCAGCACACCUGUAACAACUACAACAGCUGAGCCAGUAACACGAGUAUUACUGACAUUCACCUCAAAUGAAACAUUCACACAAGACUUGGCUAAUUCUACAUCUACAGCAUUUAUAAAUCGAAGCAGGCUCAUAGACACAACACUUUCACCAUUUUAUAGCAUGGCAUUUAAAUCAUUCCGCUCACUGAGAGUGAUUUCAUUCAGAAGUGGAUCAAUUAUCAAUGAAAUUAACAUUGGAUUUGCAUCUUCAGCAGUCCCUAACAUAACUGACAUUGGAAAUGUUUUGAUCAAUGCAGCCUCAAACAUAACAGUCUUCAACAUUGACACUGCCAGUGUUGUUGUCAAUGGCACAAUGGUGAAUAGUGGAGUGAUCCACAAGAGCAGUCUCCUCACAGCAUCCUGUAUGGUGCUGCUGUCAUGGCUCAUGUCAGGCCACCAAUAACAUGUCCUGAUGCUCUUGUGGAAUUCCUUUUGGAAAUGUCUGCUGUGAUUGGCUAUGAAAAAAGGACGUUGUUCACACUGAAAAUCCAAGAGGACCUGGUAAAGUGCAAAGGAUGGCUUCACAAGAAUUAGAUAUUAAAUUGGGUAAUACACACAACAAUAAUGAAGCAUAUUUGUAAAAGCGCAUCUACUUCAUCAUUGCAUAGUAAGUAGGAGCUGGAAUCCCAUCUAUGAUGGAAAUAACUGGAUCCACUGAAAGGUUAAUGAGUGUAAUGUGUGUCAUUAAUGAGUAAUACCAUAUGAAACUGAGAUAAGAAUUUGUGAUCUGUAAUCUCUGCACUCCUCACUGCACAGCUCCUCCAUCAAAUGGACAGUUUGACUGACUGUGGGAUAAACCUGAAACAUAAGCUAUGUGAAUAACGUCCUGUAUGAUUACCCAAUUAUGUUUCAUAUGUUUAAAUCUAUUUAUAGUGUGUGUGAAUUUGCAUUUAUUUUGUAUCAUUACAAUACAGCAUAGUAAUAAAAAAAUACAAGUAGGUUACGCAGUUAGAA